AUGUCAUUUCGAUCGACUGACACCAACGUCACGGACACCAACGUCACGGACACCAACCUUACGACGUACACCUACACCAGUCCGAGCAACUGCGACACCUAUCCAGAUAGUACCAGUAGGAACACCAACCUCCACGAGCUUCACAGCCUCCACAAGCCCGACGCGUGCAACAACAGUCACUAUCAAGAGUUCACUCACGGGAUCAACCAGUCCAACUGUGACGGCGACAGCUUUCAUCAGUUCCCAAGCCCCAACACAAACAGUCACAGUCACAGCAGACUUGGAGUCGUUGACCUUGUCCAGAGGCAGUUCAACAUCCACCAUCACAGCGACAGGCACAACCGCCGCCACUAA